UAGAUUAAUCUAUGUCAACAUGGAAUGAAACAUUAUUGAAAGUUUAUCUGGCCGAUUGAAAUAUUAUCACCCGUUGUCAAAGAGGUUGUUUUACAAGUGAUAAGGUGGUUUAGCUUACCUCUGAAAGUGAUUGCAUUAGCAAAGGAAUAUAAUUUAACAAUUUUUCUCUCAUUUUUGACUUUGUAAAAAACAACUGCAUUUGUGGCUAAUUCCAAAGAAAAACGUAAAAAAGCAAAUAUAUUUACAUUUGAACUUGACUGGUAUAUUCAUUGGAUUUGAAAGUUGUUGAAACAUAAGGAUUCAGUUUUAACAUAAAAAAGUGUUUUUUAAAACAAUUUGUACAACAAUCAAUAUUGAGUAAAAGGAGACACUGAAAACUUGCUAACAAUGGCAGAAAAAUUGAGUCAGCCUGAGAUUGAGAAAGCAAAUAAAGAAGAGGAGAAAAAUGAUACUACGGACCAGGAAAGACAAAGGCCAAAAUCUAGGAGCCCUGACCGGCGCAGAAAAGCCAAGAAACCACAGGAACGGACCUGGGAUUGGCCCAAGAAGAGUUUUUUUGAGUUGUCAUGUUUUGACUCAGCUGAGGGUGGUUCAAGUAGAAUGAAAAAUCUGGUUCAUCGCAUAGUCUACAUUGGAAAACUAAAGGAAAAUGUGGAAGACAGAAUGGAAGUUGGAAUGCAUCAUGACAGGCUGAUAAAGAACCUACAGAACAACUACCAACAUGCUGAACCAAUCACAGGCCUCCUUCUUGUAUACCUUAAACACCUUGUUCAUGUUGUAGAGACUUCAUCAGAUAUGAUAGUUGAGGUAAUAAGAGAUGUUGUGAAAACACAGAAAGAUGAAAACGGUUUUAUAGAACAGGCAAAAAUACUUAUUGUCUCGCAUGAUAUAUCCACACGCCUAUAUCAGCAAUGGAAUUUCCGAACAUUGGACAUACAGGCAGCUAGAAUGGAGUCGUAUGAAUCCUCAGAGGGUGCAGAUAAAAUCAUCAUAGAUCUUCUAUCACAGCUGCUUAAACUGGGAAGCAAACUGGCAAUCAUCCCAAAGAUUUUACCUGAUGGUUCAUGCUUUUUGAAGGAAGAGGAUUUGAUUGCAUUCAAGUCAACCUUAGACUCACUGCAUGAAAAGUUCCCUGAUCUUCUACCACAACAAGCUCACAUUCACUUUUUACUGGAGGAAAAUGACUCAACGAUGAUCCUGCCAGAGGAAUAUUUGGAAAUGUAUGAAAAACCCUUUGAUGUUACUUUGGAAAGUGAGAUGGUAUGGCCUUUGCCUACAAAGCUUUUUCCCUACAACUGAAGCAUACUUGUACCAUUAUGCUGUCACACACAUACAUUUUGCUCCACAAAGGAACUUAAAGGUUUCUUUGAUACAUGGGAUUAUAUGUAGUGUAAAAAUGAACACUCUCACAAUAUUACUUAAGUAUUAAGUGAAACACAUACAUUCCUUUUACCUAAUAGAUAUUUUCAUUGCAAAUAAAUUAGGAGGCAUGCUAUUUUCCUUGCAUUAUAUAAAUUUAGAUCUGUGUUUUACAAAAAACUGCUGUAAAUUUCACAAAACUGUAGUAUAUAAUUAAAAAAAACCCCACAAAUCUAUGUUCACAAAAACUGCAAUAAAUUCCACAAAUUGCAGCAAAAGAAGUAACUCUGGUUACAUGUAUUUUUAUUUGUAUGAAUUUUUGUCUGUGAUACUAUUGAUAGAAUAUGAAUUCUUUUAAAUAAUAAUUAUUUUAUGUUAAUAUUCAUAGAAAUUUGUAAAUUCCUGCUACAUUUUAUGUUUUAUUUUAUCAACUUUGAAUGCAUCAUUUCAUGUGUUAUAUAAAAUGUUCAUGCAACAGUA